AUGGCUGAACGGAGAAUCUCCUAUGCUCCCGACGUCGAAAACGGCCAGAACACGCGCAAUUCAACCGACGUCAACGAUGGCCCAGCUCUCGAUGAGUACUCGGCCCUGAAUCGCUACAUCUCGACUGCCCGCGACCGCCGUCGCGGUUCCACCUCCAGCGCCGGUGCCCUCGAAGCCGGCGAGAAGCCAAAGAAGUCGUGGCAGUUCUGGAAGAAGUCUAGCGAUGGCAUGGGCAAGGACGAGCAGUUCGUUGCUCCCGAUGAGUGGCUCGAGACCGACAUCCGUUCUGGUCUCAAGGGCUCCGACAUUGAGACCCGUCGUCGCAAGACUGGCUGGAACGAGCUGGUCACCGAGAAGACCAACCUGUUCAUUCAGUUCAUCGGUUAUUUCCGCGGUCCUAUCUUGUAUGUCAUGGAAUUGGCUGUCCUGCUGGCUGCCGGUCUGCGUGACUGGAUCGAUCUCGGUGUCAUUAUUGGUAUUUUGAUGCUUAACGCCAUUGUCGGUUGGUACCAAGAAAAGCAAGCUGCCGAUGUCGUCGCUUCCCUGAAGGGUGACAUUGCCAUGCGUGCCUGGGUUGUCCGUGACGGCUCCGAACAGGAGAUCCUUGCCCGUGAGCUCGUCGUUGGUGAUAUUGUUAUUAUUGAGGAAGGUCAGGUCGUCCCCGCCGAUGUUCGCCUUAUCUGCGACUACGAGAAGCCUCAAGAGUUCGAGAAGUACAAGGAGCAUCUUAACACUCUCGCUGAGGACACCCUGAAGGAGAAGGGCGAGGACGACGACGAGGAGGACCACCACACUGGUGUCUCCAUCGUUGCCGUUGACCAGAGUGCUAUCACUGGUGAAUCUCUCGCUGUUGACAAGUACAUGACCGACAUUUGCUACUACACUACUGGUUGCAAGCGUGGCAAGGCUUUCGCUAUCGUUACCGCCACUGCUAAGCACUCUUUCGUCGGAAAGACUGCCUCUUUGGUUCAAGGUGCCCAGGAUCAGGGUCACUUCAAGGCUAUUAUGAACUCCAUCGGUACAACUCUCUUGGUUUUGGUCAUGUUCUUCAUUCUUGCUGCCUGGAUUGGUGGUUUCUUCCGUCACUUGAGGAUUGCUACCCCUGAAGCUUCUGACAACACCUUGCUGAAGUACACUUUGAUUCUGUUCAUCAUUGGUGUGCCUGUUGGUCUUCCUGUCGUCACCACCACUACCCUUGCCGUCGGUGCUGCCUACCUUGCCAAGCAGAAGGCUAUCGUCCAGAAGCUCACUGCCAUCGAAUCUCUUGCUGGUGUUGACGUUCUCUGCUCCGAUAAGACUGGUACCUUGACUGCUAAUCAGCUUUCCAUCCGUGAGCCCUACGUUGCUGAGGGCGUUGACGUCAACUGGUUGUUCGCUGUUGCCGCCAUUGCCUCUUCUCACAACGUUAAGAACCUGGAUCCUAUUGACAAGGUCACCAUUCUCACUCUUCGUCGCUACCCCAAGGCUCGUGAGAUCCUUGCUCGCAACUGGGUUACCGAGAAGUACACUCCUUUCGACCCUGUCUCCAAGCGUAUCACCACUGUCUGCACUUGCGAUGGCGUUCGUUACACAGCCGCUAAGGGUGCCCCCAAGGCUAUUCUCAACUUAUCCGAGUGUUCUGAUGAGGAGGCUCGUCUCUACCGUGACAAGGCUGCUGAGUUCGCUCGCCGUGGUUUCCGUUCUCUCGGUGUCGCCGUCCAGAAGGAGGGUGAGCCAUGGCAACUUCUCGGCAUGUAUCCCAUGUUCGACCCCCCUCGUGAGGAUACUGCCCACACCAUCACUGAAGCCCAGAACCUCGGUCUCUCCGUCAAGAUGUUAACUGGUGACGCUAUUGCUAUUGCCAAGGAAACUUGCAAGAUGCUUGCUCUCGGGACCAAGGUCUACAACUCUGAACGCCUCAUCCAUGGUGGUCUCACUGGUUCUCGCCAGCACGAUCUAGUUGAGCGCGCUGAUGGUUUCGCUGAAGUCUUCCCUGAGCACAAAUACCAGGUCGUCGAAAUGUUGCAACAGCGUGGUCACUUGACUGCCAUGACUGGUGACGGUGUUAACGACGCUCCUUCUCUCAAGAAGUCCGACUGUGGUAUUGCUGUCGAGGGUGCUACCGAGGCUGCCCAAGCUGCUGCUGAUAUUGUCUUCCUUGCACCUGGUCUCUCCACCAUUGUCGACUCCAUCAAAGUCGCUCGUCAAAUUUUCCAGCGUAUGAAGGCUUAUAUCCAGUACCGUAUCGCCCUUUGCUUGCACUUGGAGAUCUAUCUUGUCACGACCAUGAUUAUUAUUGAUGAGACCAUCCCUGCCGAUCUCAUUGUCUUCAUUGCCCUUUUCGCUGAUUUGGCUACCAUCGCUGUCGCCUAUGACAAUGCCCACUACGAACAACGCCCCGUCGAGUGGCAGUUGCCUAAGAUCUGGGUUAUCUCUAUUGUUCUUGGUCUCCUUCUUGCUGGUGCUACCUGGAUUGUCCGUGGUGCUAUGUUCAUGAGCAACGGUGGUAUCAUUGAGAACUUCGGUCAUCCCCAGGGCAUCAUCUUCCUUGAGGUCGCUCUCACUGAAAACUGGCUCAUCUUCGUUACUCGUGGUGGCAAGACCCUUCCUUCCUGGCAAUUGGUUGGCGCCAUCUUCGGUGUCGAUGUUCUUGCUACCCUCUUCUGUGUCUUCGGUUGGUUGACCUCGCCUGACCUCCAAGUCACCCACCCCUCCGACCCUGCCGAUUUCACUCUCAACGGACACACUAGCAUUGUCACUGUUGUCAUCAUCUGGGCCUACUCUAUCGGUGUCACCAUUGUCAUUGCCACUGUCUACGCUAUCCUUACCGACAUCCCAUGGUUGGACAACCUUGGCCGUCAGACUCGCUCCAAGGCCGACACCCAGUUCGAGAACAUGAUUGGUCACCUCUCCAAGCUGGCUCUUGAGCACGAGACGGAUGCUGCCACUGGUCGCUCCCGCUACGUUCUCACCACUCGUGCUCCUGAGGAGGAGGAUGACGAGUAA